CUUCACUGCGAUCUUCUCUCUAUACUCCUUCCCAACUCAAGCUUCGGAGUUCGGACCCUCCAGCUUUCUAUUUCUCUACCAUCUUCUCUCUACUCUUCCGAAGCUUCGGACCCUCCCGCUUUCUACUUCUCUGCGAUAUUCCCUCUAUACUUCUUCCCGAUUUUCCGACAUCACUCCAAUUCUAACCCUAAUUCCACAUCUCCCGAAGAACAGCUAAAAUUACAGUCUCAGAUACAACAAAGAGUUUUAUUCCUAGAGACAUAAAAUGAUGAAGACAACAUGGUUACAUUCCAUGGGACAUAAACGAAGGAAGCUGUCUAGUGAUGAAGAGAGGAAGUCAAAGAUGUCGGCUAAAGUUAUUGAUUAUUCUGAUCCAUUUGCUGUGCCGAAUCUUAUAGAAGCCUUGGAUCGCGGAAGAUAUGGAAGUGUCACAAAGGACAUACAGGAACUUCUUGCCCGGAACUUGGAGGUUGUCGGUCCGUUAUUCAGCUUAUAUCCAGAAUUGCUGAAUGAGCUUGGAAAUGUUGAUGGAAGGGAUAGCAAAGAGAAUUCAGAUUAUCAAAAAGAAACUUUCAUUGAUUUGGAGGAUGACUCUGUUACAAGUAGUGUUCCAGCAGCUGCAGCACCCGUUGUUAUCAUUGAUUCAGAUGAUGAGGAAAUAAGGGAUUGGAGGCCUUCUGCUGCUCCCUAUCUUGAGCCUGUCUUCCCAAAGACAACUAGAGAGUCUUUCACGAAGAACUUAUUGAUUAGGGACUCUUCAGGGAGUAUGAGUCUGACUGUGACUGAUAUCAAGAAGGAUAAAGGGGUUUACGUUGGAGUGGAAGAGGAUGGUGAAGAUCAAACUGAGAUUGAAGAUGAUGGUCUUGGAGAUAUUUGGAAUGAAAUGACAAUGGCAUUGGAAGUUUCAAAGGAGGUUGCUGAAGAUCCCUCAAGUGACAAACACAUGCAAGAAGAUGAAGACUGUGAUCAUUCUUUUGUCUUGAAGGAUGAUAUUGGUUAUGUUUGUCGCAUAUGUGGGAAAAUUGAGAGAGGCAUUGAGACUAUAAUCGAUGUCCAGUUCAACAAGGUCAAGCGGACUUCUAGAACUUACGUGUCUGAUCCCUGGAAUGCCAACGACAGAGGGUCCAAUGUGAUGAAUGAAAUGAAAUUCUCUGACAAAGAUUUUACUGUGACUGACAUCUCGGCGCACCCUAGGCAUGUGAGGCAAAUGAAGCCUCAUCAAGUGGAGGGCUUCAAUUUCCUUUGCAGCAACUUAGUGGCAGAUAAGCCGGGGGGCUGCAUUAUGGCCCAUGCACCCGGGUCUGGAAAGACAUUUAUGAUUAUAAGUUUCGUGCAAAGUUUCCUUGCAAAAUAUCCCCAUGCUAGACCACUGGUUGUGCUUCCUAAAGGAAUCUUGGCUACAUGGAAGAAGGAAUUUCAGAUAUGGCAAGUAGAGGAUCUCCCGCUUUAUGAUUUUUACACUUUGAAAGCAGAAAAGCGGCAUCAGCAACUGGAAGUCUUAGAACAGUGGGUAGAGAACAAAAGCAUCUUGUUUCUAGGAUACAAACAGUUCUCCACUAUUGUCUGUGACGACGGCACAAAUGAAGCAUCAACAGCUUGCCAAGAAAUCCUACUUAAGGCGCCUUCCCUUUUGAUAUUGGAUGAGGGGCACACGCCAAGGAAUGAGAACACUGAUGUGUUGCAGUCACUUGCUAAGGUUCAAACUCCACGAAAAGUGGUUCUUUCAGGAACACUAUAUCAGAACCAUGUAAAGGAGGUGUUCAACAUUUUAAAUCUUGUUCGUCCAAAGUUCCUUCGUUUGGAUGCUUCAAAGUCAAUCAUCAACAGAAUAAUGAGUAGAGCACACAUACCAGAGUCAAGGAAGCAUGUCAAAGCAAGUGCACACUUGGCUUUCUAUGAUUCGGUAGAGCAUACUCUGCAGAAGGAUGAGGACUUUACAAGGAAGGUGAAGGUCAUUCAAGACCUAAGAGAGAUGACAAGAGAGGUCCUUCACUACUACAGAGGGGAUUUUUUGGAUGAUCUUCCUGGGCUUGUUGACUUCACUGUGGUACUUGGCCUGACUCCUUUGCAGAAAGUAGAAGUCCAUAAGCUGAAGAAAUUGGGGACGAAGUUUAAGAGAAAUUCUGUUGGGAGUGCAAUUUAUCUACAUCCAGCACUAAAGUCCUUGGAGAACUCUGCAAUGACUGAAGAUGAGAAUAUGGAUAACAUGUUGAAAAAGAUCAGUGUCAAAGAUGGAGUCAAAGCCAAAUUUUUCCUCAACAUGUUAAACUUAUGUCAGUCAGCUAAUGAAAAGCUGCUAGUUUUCAGUCAAUACCUCCUCCCAUUGAAAUUUCUCGAGAGACUAACCAUAAAGGAAAGAGGUUGGACUCUUGGUAUAGAAAUCUUUGUUAUCUCAGGGGAUUCAAGUUCUGAAGAGCGUGAGUUCUCAAUGGAAAGAUUCAACAACUCCCCUGAUGCAAAGGUUUUCUUUGGAUCCAUCAAAGCAUGUGGAGAAGGUAUUUCUUUGGUUGGAGCAUCACGGAUUUUAAUGUUAGAUGUUCAUCUUAAUCCUUCAGUGACACGACAAGCUAUAGGACGCGCUUUCCGACCAGGCCAAAAAAAGAAAGUAUACACGUAUAGGUUGAUCGCUGCUGAUUCACCUGAAGAGGAAGACCACAAUACCUGCUUCAAGAAGGAGGCAAUUGCGAAAAUGUGGUUUGAGUGGAAUGAGUACUGUGGUUUUCGGAAUUUUGAAGUGGAGACUAUUGAUAUCGAAGAAAGUGGUGAUAUCUUCAUGGAGAGUGCUGUUUUACGUGAAGAUAUAAGGGCUUUGUACAGAAGGUAGUUCGUCAUACCGUGUGGCUGAAGCAUAGGUUGUGUAGACAGUUCUUCCAAAAGGCGUUAGUAGAAUCCACCUAUGUUUCUUUUUCUUUUUCAUUUUAUGGUACAGGAAAUAUCACGUUAAAGUUUAAAUGCAUGGAAAAUACAUAUUAGGUUCCUUGUUUUCUGAAUGCAUUAACUUUCCUUAGCAUUCAGCUGUUAUUACGCUUAAUUUAGCUCCCCAUGUUCGUUGCAGUUUAUUUAUGAUUUCAAGCAGAAUUUCUGACAUCUACCCGAAAUUGCUGUUUGUUGGAAUUUCAUGGAUUACUUUCUUC